AGUUUCAGAGAGCUUGCCGGCUAGAUUGUAUGUUGUUUGAUUCACUCUCGCAGUGUUUGUAAACAACAGAUGUAAGCAAAACGUGUUUCAUCAAAACGGACAAACGAAUUUGAUCAAUAUGUUGCCGGUAUAAGAUUGAUUCCAGCUAUAUCUGGGUUGCUGUGACUUGUUUUGUUUCUUGUUUGAUCGUGUCCAGUAAAUAAUUUCCUAUCUUUUGUGUCCCAUGUGUGAUCACUUUUGUUUUGUGUUUUGUUGUUUCUCACUCCUGUGAGUACUGUGAUUCAAGAAACCCGCAUAACAGCUUCCAGACAAUGGACGACCCAGAGAUACAAGAGACCGUAGAAUCCAUCCUGGGCAAAGGCGCCAAAGUCUUGGACUGCGAAAAAAAAUCCUCCAUAAAAGAAGAAGAAGUCCUCUAUAUUAAUGGAAUCCCCGUGAAGCUGGAAGGCAGCGACGGCAUGGCAAUAAAGCAAGCGCUAAUCACGGGACAAGUCCCCCCCUGCGAUCUGCUGAACACUCUGUUGAUUAAAACGGGGAUCCUCAAGGCCCCUGUCAAGCUAGACACUUCAUUGAGCGUCAAAUCGACCACGGUGACUAAGGAGGAAGUCACCGUUUCCAGGGCGGGUAAAAUAGUCGACGAGAGGAGCAGAGAAACGAAAGAACAGAACUUCUACUCGAGCGCUUUGACCGAGGUGUUCGAGCCUAUCAAAAUAAUCCCGACCUCGGAACUGCUCAACGGCCAAUACACCAAGGUCCAGUACACGGAAAACAACGCCAAGUACUAUGAUAACAACGGGUACGAGACAGGCAGCGAGCGGAAAUUCGGAAGUUGCUCGAGCGCUUCUAGUUACGAGUCUGAGGAUCCGGCGGUACCUUCUUACCAUCCCAAGCAGUGCCUGAGCAAGGACUCAGGUCAUCUGAGUAACUCGACGACCAAGGUGGACUUCACGCCGAGCUCGAUAGACUCGUUGAGUUCGCUGGACGAGACGGACUACCUCACGGAUCAGUUCCGGAAGUGUACGACCUAUAAUGGAAAUGGGUUUUUGUAUCCUUAUGAUGGAGAUAUUCUACCGACAAUAUUUGGAACGGUAGCAUCCGACCUCACACCAAAAGACUGUACAAAUAGAAGGAGCUUGCCACAGACACCGCAAUCAAAGAGUUUUUCGACUAUUUUCAAUGGUGAAGCCGGCCAAGAGGGAUCUACAGAGUCUGGUUUACAACAAGAUAACGCACUCGUGUACAGAGACGGCAACCUUGUGUCCGGCCCCCUGGACGCCCUGAUCCAGCACACCGUGCCCACCGACACAUACUACCCCGACCGCGCAUACCUCUUCGCCUUCCUGCUCUCCUCGCGGCUGUUUAUCAAGCCGCCCGACCUGCUGGCCGAGGUGCGGAAGCUGUGCGAGGCGCAGCAGGGUCUGGGCGGGGCGGGCAGGGUGGGCGGGACAGCUGCGCAAGCUCAGGCGCAGGCGCGGUUCGCCGAGCACUUGGUGCAGCUGCUGGCCGAGUGGACGGAAACGUUUCCCUACGAGUUCAGAGACGAAAGGAUGAUGGAACACGUGAGGAAAAUCACCCAACAAUGUUGUGCCAUCAACUCGGGUCUUCGAGCCAAUGUAUCAUCACUACUGCACAAUCUCCAUCCCCGCCUAACUGCUCUAGAGGCCUACGAGAAAUCCUUAGAGAACCAUUCCCUUUCGAUUGACGAAAAUUUCACCGACAUUUCCGAAAUUUGUCCGAGUCCGGCCAUCUUGGCGCAACAGCUGACGCACGUGGAAUUGGAAAGACUGUCUUUCAUCGGUCCAGAGGAAUUUGUGCAGGCCUUUGCCAAAGAGAAUCCGAAUCUGGAGACCUCAUUCAAGGACAUGAAGAAAACCCACAAUCUGGAACAGUACGUUCAGUGGUUUAAUAGACUGAGCUAUUUCGUAGCAACGCAAGUUUGUAAAUAUCAAAAGAAGAAAUUGCGAGUUCGAGUUGUAGAAUUUUGGAUAGAAACUGGAAGGGAAUGUUUCAAUAUAGGAAAUUUCAACAGUUUGAUGGCCAUCAUUGCUGGGCUAAAUAUGUCGCCUAUUUCCAGGUUGAAGAAAACUUGGAGUAAAAUACAUUCUGGAAAAUUCGUCAUACUUGAGCAUCAAAUGGACCCUAGUAGUAAUUUCAGCAGCUACAGGAGUACAUUGAAAGCAGCCAUGUGGAGAAGUGAAGGAGCUACUGAUCAACGGCAAAGGAUAGUCAUUCCAUUUUUCAGCUUGUUAGUGAAGGAUCUCUAUUUUCUCAAUCAAGGAUGCUCAAACAGGCUUCCUAAUGGCCACAUAAAUUUCGAGAAAUUCUGGCAGCUGGCGAAGCAAGUGACCGAAUUCAUGGCGUGGAAGCAGGUGACUUGCCCCUUCGAAAAGGACCAGAAAAUCCUGAACCUCCUGCAACACGGCCCGAUCCUGAACGAGAACGCUCUGGCCCUGGCGAGCUUCGAAUGCGAACCUCCCGACACCAACCAGGAGAAGGAAAGGUGUAAGACUCUCAAAGCGGACUCUUCUUCGAAUUAAUCUGAUCUGUCUCAUUGUCGAUGUAUGUACAAAUGUUGUUGCUCCGGAUUUUUUGUUGACUUUCUCGUUUCCUCCAAUUUUAUCUGAGUUUUGUAAAUAGUUGAUAUAAGUAUCCAUUUUAUUUAAUCAUAACUAGCUCAAAUUGAGUUUUUAUUCUUGUAAUUUAAUAAUGGGUUAUACUGAUUCUUAUUGUGAUUUCUGUAGCUUUCCGUAUGAAGUAUAUCAAGUUGAGUUGAUUACAAUUAAGUGAAUUAAGUACCUAGAUCGAAUGUUAUUGCCGUCUUGAUUUUAUGAAAUUUGGAAAAGCACAGAUCAGUCAGCAGUAAUUUUUGAAUACGACCGAAUCUUAUUAUGAUAAUUUCGGUAUUUAUCUAUGCUCAUAGAUUUUUCUAAAUGAAUUUUUCAUCAUAAUGUUAUUCCUGGUGUUCAUGUAUGAGUUCCUGUUGACCCUUCUGUGCUUUCAUAGAAAAUUGUUUUAUUAUUGUUGAAGUUAUUUUUUUACAAUUCGCCUACUUGAUUUCAAGUAGAGAAAAACUCAAGUUUCUUCAUUUUAUGUACGGUGAAUGAAAAAAUACUCAAUUGUGUAAAAUUUUAAUAGUGAACCGAUUUUGUACCUAUUUAGUAAUUUUAUACCUCAGUGUUUUUACAAAUAAUGUAUAAGUGGGUAUGUAGAAAUAAAACAAAAAGUACUUAAAGAUGAUUGACCAAUGUAAUAACAGUAUUUUUUCUCAAUAUAAAUAAUAAGUAUUUGUGAAUCAGGAAUCAAUCACAUUUGUUAUAAAUAUCUGCCAUGACUGCACUCGUCCUUGUAGUAUGCAUCGUAUAUUCAGUGAAUGAACAUUUAUAAUUAAUCUUUGAAUGUAACAGAUGUGAUUCGUAUAGUAGGUAUAUAGUGUCCAUUUACUUUUUGCUUUGCUGCACACACUACAUAAUAUAUUAUUAGAUUCUAAAUAAAUAAAAAGACUUAAUUUCGUCAGUAUUCUAGUCAUUAGUUUUAAGUUUGCAUUGCUAACUACAUAUUGCAUUGUAGCGAUAUUAUAUAAGUAUAUGAAUAUAUGAAAAAUAAUUUGUAUUCAUCAAAUUGUUUUAUGUAUAAAGGAUAAAAAAGUCAAUCCAGCAUUAUUUAUUCCCCUAGGUC